GUAAACAGAUGAAUGUAGUGUGUAUGGUCCAGCUCUAACCAUGACCAUUCUGAGAUUAAUCAACUCCACCACCCUCAAGGCAAGGGCCGCAACAUCCUUUACUUAUCAUUCAACUAAGCAGAGUUAUGGUUCCUCUAAAAGAUAUUCAAGCUCUGGCACCAAGGAUGGCAAGCCCAGAAGAGCUAAUUUAAUUUUGAAAAAUGGAAAGAGGUUGCCAGGUAUUUCCUUUGGUGAGCCAGUCUCAUGUGCUGGUGAGAUUGUCUUCAACACAGGACUGGUGGGAUAUCCUGAGGCCUUGACUGAUCCCAGCUACAGAGGUCAAAUUUUGACCUUGACCUAUCCAAUCAUUGGAAGUUAUGGUGUGCCCAAUACUACAGAGAGAGAUCAGUAUGGUCUACUGAAAAAUGUGGAGUCUGAAAAAAUACAGGUUGCUGGUCUAUUGGUCCAAGACUAUUGCCACCAGCCCAGCCACUGGAACUCUGUAAAGACUCUGUCUGAGUGGCUACAGGAGGACAAAGUCCCAGCCUUGUAUGGCAUUGACACCAGGAUGAUCACUAAAAUUGUCAGGGAUCAGGGGACUGUACUGGGGAAGAUUGAGUUUGAGAAUGACCCAAUCGCCUUUGAUGACCCUAAUCUUAGGAAUCUCAUUAAAGAAGUGUCUUGUCAGGAGGUUUGCUAUUUUGGUGAAGGAAAUCCAGUUAAAGUUGUUGCUGUGGACUGUGGCAUCAAACAGAAUAUGAUUCGCCACUUGUUGAUGAGGGGUGCUGAGGUAAAGGUCGUGCCCUGGAACUAUGACUUCUCCACUGAACCCUAUGAUGGUUUGUUUAUCUCCAAUGGCCCUGGUGACCCAGCACUGGCCACUGAGACAAUCCACAACUUGCGCAAGGCUAUAGAGACCAGAGAUGAACCCAUCUUUGGCAUCUGCCUAGGUAACCAGCUAACUGCACUGGCUGCUGGAGCUCAGAGCUACAAACUUCCUCUAGGAAACAGGGGCCAUAACCAGCCUGUGGUGAACUUACUUAGUGGUGAGGCUUUUAUCACCUCACAGAACCACGGCUAUGCUAUAGACAACAAAACCUUGCCCCCAGAAUGGGAGGUGUUGUUUAUCAAUGCUAAUGACAAGUCUAAUGAGGGUAUAAUGCACAAGACAAAGCCAAUCUUUACUGCACAGUUCCACCCUGAGGCUUGGGGGGGCCCAACUGACACACAGUUUCUGUUUGACUAUUUCAUGAAUUUGAUAAAGGAGAAAAAAUCUUCCCUAACGCACAUAGUUUCAUACAAAAAGCCUGACUAUAAAAUGGUUGAUGUCUCUAAAGUGUUGGUUCUUGGAAGUGGAGGUUUGUCCAUUGGUCAAGCAGGAGAAUUUGAUUACAGUGGAUCUCAAGCCAUUAAAGCUUUGAAGGAAGAGAACAUUCAAGUGGUGCUGAUGAAUCCCAACAUUGCAUCUGUACAAACCAACGCUGAAGGAGAGAAGCAAGCAGACACAGUUUACUUCCUUCCCAUCAGCCCAGAGUUCAUCAAGCAGGUCAUUGAGAAGGAGCGCCCUGAUGGCAUCUUGCUGUCCAUGGGUGGACAGAUAGCUUUGAAUUGUGGACUUGAACUGGACAGACAAGGUGUUUUCAAGGAGUACAACAUCAAAGUCCUGGGCACAUCAAUUUCUAGUGUUGAAGCCACAGAAGACAGACAAAUUUUUGCUGAUAAACUGAAGGAAAUUGGAGAAAAACUAGCCCCAAGUAUUGCCGUCAACAGCACCGAAGAUGCUGUGAAAGCUGCAGAGAAGAUUGGGUACCCAGUUAUGCUGAGGUCAGCUUUCGCUCUCGGUGGCCUUGGUUCUGGGAUAGCCAACAAUGAGAUACAACUGCGAGCUAUUGCUAACAACGCUUUUGCUAUAACAACCCAAGUUUUGGUGGAGCAGUCUCUGCUGGGUUGGAAGGAAGUGGAGUACGAGGUUGUCAGAGAUGCUUACAACAACUGUGUGACUGUCUGCAACAUGGAGAACCUUGAUCCACUGGGGAUUCAUACAGGUGAUUCCAUUGUAGUAGCCCCCAGCCAAACACUCUCUAACACUGAGUACCAUAUGCUCCGAGAAACAGCUUUAAAGGUUGUUCGCCACUUUGGCAUUAUAGGAGAGUGCAACAUCCAGUACGCGCUUCACCCAGAAUCCCUAGAGUAUUGUAUCAUUGAGAUUAAUGCCAGGUUAUCCAGAAGUUCUGCACUUGCAUCCAAAGCCACAGGAUAUCCCCUGGCAUUUGUGGCAGCUAAGCUGGCAUUGGGCUUGGACCUCCCUGGCCUGGUCAACUCCACCACCCAGAUGACCAGUGCUUGUUUUGAGCCUAGCCUGGAUUACAUCGUCACAAAAAUCCCCCGCUGGGAUACGACCAGGUUUCAGAACAUGAGCUCUGACAUUGGCAGCUCCAUGAAAAGUGUGGGGGAGGUAAUGGCCAUUGGUCGUACCUUUGAAGAAAGCCUCCAGAAAGCUCUGAGAAUGACCCACCCCUCAGUCACUGGGUUCACACCAAACCUGCCAGCUGGUAAACCCUACCCUGAGGACUUCAACAUUGAUGCCAACCUCAGCGUACCAAACAAUGUUAGGAUACACACCAUUGCUAAGGCUUUACAAUCAGGCUACACUGUUGAUACUAUUCACAACCUCACAAAAAUAGACAAAUGGUUCCUGCACAAACUCAAGUACUUAACAGAGGUGGAGAAAAUGCUGGAACAUUCUAAAGAGGAGAAACACAAAGAUGUUUUAAAGCUGUCCAAACAGGCAGGUUUUUCAGACAUACAGAUUGGUAAAGUCUGGGGACUUCCUGAAUCAGAGAUCAGAAAAAUGAGACACUACUGGUCUGUCAAACCCUGGGUCAAACAGAUUGAUACAAUGGCUGCAGAAUACCCUGCCAGAACCAAUUACCUGUAUCUUACCUACAAUGGAAUGGAGCAUGAUGUUGAUUUCAAUAACAGUGGAGUUAUUGUCCUUGGCUGUGGACCCUACCACAUUGGAAGCUCUGUUGAGUUUGACUGGUGUGCUGUUUCAUGCAUUCGUGAGCUGAGAAAAAUGGGGCAUCAGACGAUUGUUGUCAACCACAACCCAGAGACUGUCAGCACUGACUUUGAUGAAUGUGACAGACUUUACUUUGAGGAACUCUCACUGGAGCGGGUCCUGGACAUCUACCAUAAUGAGAAUAGUCUUGGCACAAUAGUCUCUGUUGGUGGACAAAUUCCAAACAACCUUGCCCUUCCUCUGUAUAAAAAUGGAGUCAAGAUACUUGGCACAAGUCCAAAAAUGAUUGACAAUGCAGAAAAUCGAAGUGUUUUCUCUGCCAUCUGUGAUGAGUUGAAGAUCAAACAACCACAGUGGCGAGCACUUAGCUCUAUUGAAGAAGCUCUUGACUUCGCUGGCUCUGUUGGAUAUCCCUGUCUGCUCAGGCCAUCCUACAUUUUAUCAGGUUCAGCCAUGAAUGUUGCCUACACACCACAAGAGCUGAGGACAUACUUGCAGGAAGCCACUCAAGUGUCCAGCCUGUAUCCAGUGGUCAUCACACAGUUUUACACUGGAUACCGUGAGGUGGAGAUGGAUGCUGUUGCCAAUAGUGGAGAGGUAAUUUGUCAUGCCAUCUGUGAACAUGUGGAGAACGCAGGUGUUCACAGUGGGGACGCUACUUUAAUGAUGCCAGCACAGACCAUCCAAGAGGAAGCUCUAGCCAUUGUGAAAGAUGUCACUGCCAGAAUAGCUAAAAAAUUUGCCAUCUCAGGACCAUUUAACAUCCAGUUCCUUGUCAGAGACACCGAUGUUCAAGUAAUUGAGUUGAACCUCAGGGCAUCCCGGUCUUGUCCAUUUGUUUCAAAAACAAUUGAUACAGAUUUCAUAGCUCUGGCUACCAAAGUCAUGAUGAAGGAGCCAAUCAACAUGAAGGAUUUGCCCACACUUGAUAACUCUCAUGACCCAACUCAUUAUGUUGGUAUUAAGGCACCAAUGUUUUCCUGGCCCAGGCUAAGAGAUGCUGACCCCAUUCUCAAAUGCGAAAUGGCUUCCACAGGGGAGGUGGCUUGCUUUGGCCGCACUAAGUAUACAGCUUUCUUGAAGGCUUUGAUGUCUGCAGGCUUCAAACUUCCACCAAAGGGAGGUAACAUCCUUGUUGGUGCACAGAAGAGUUACUACCCAUUCUUCCUGCCUUUGGCUAAACAACUCAGUCAGAAAGGCUAUCAGAUGUUUGCCACAGAGCGUACAGCUGAAUACCUGGACGUCCACUACAUUCCAACCACACCUGUAAGCUGGACAUCCCAGGAUCAAGGUGAUCUCUCAUCACCAAUCAAGUUGAUCCAAGAGAAGAAGAUUGACCUGGUAAUCAACCUACCCAAUCAGAAAACCAAAUAUGUUUAUGACAACUAUCUCAUCAGAAGGGCAGCAAUUGAUGCUGGUGUACCUCUUAUUACAAAUUUUGAGGUUGCUAAACUCUUUGUUGAGUCUCUGGACUAUGCAAAAGACGUGAAAGCUCUCAGCCUGUUUGACUAUCGCAAGCCAGAAAAUGAAAAACGAAAGAACCGACUCUCUGCCUAAACAAAUUGGUUGCAAUAUCUUUACUUCAUAGCUCCUUCAUUGGCACUGUCAUCUAUGCAAUCAGCUUCAAGAAUCAUUGUCAAAAAACUUAACAUAAUCAUCUCCUGCUGUAAUUAAACAUUCCAGUUCUACUUUUUUUUAUAAAAUUGUAACAUUCUUUAAUUUGAUCAUUUUGUCAUUUUUAAAACUAUAGAUUGAUAUUAUUUUAAGCACAUCUUUUUUUCCUGCAUUAGUACAUUUUGAAGAAAUUAGUACUACAGGGGUGAGGGAGUGAUAGAGAGGUCAAGGUUAAUCAUUUACUGCCGAAUGACUCAGUUUUGUUAUGAUUUAUGCAUUAUAUGUAACUGAACUGAAGAUUUAAAUGCAUAUGGCUAUUUGAGUGUUCAGUUAAGCUACUGUGUAUUUGUACAUUUGAUUUUUUAAUUUUAAUGUUUUCUUAAUUCCAAAAUUUUUAUGUAUGGGAAUAUUUUUAACACAUAUGUGCAUAUAGUAGCACUUAUUUUUUAUAUAAAAAAAAAUAAUUUACAACACAACAAGAAAAUGUAUUUUUUUAUGUCACUUUAUUUGUAAACUUGUUAGUUUGGCAAAUAGCCUUACCAGCAAUUAUUUGCUGUAUUUUUUGUCAACAUUUUUAAAAAGAUUUUUAUAAAAAAUUAGUGGUAUAAUUUUUAUAUG